AUGGCCCCCUCAGCAAUCAGGGAGUCCUUCGAGUCCACCACUGCUGUGGCGGUGAAGAAGCAGGAUGUUCCUGAAGUCGAGCAUGAGAAGACGCCGCUAGAGGCCAUUUCAUUGGGAGAGGUUCUGCCAGGCAUUCCCACAUUCCCCUCCUUCGCCGAGGAGAGAAGGCAUAUUCUGAUUCACAUGGCCGCGACCUUCAGGCAAUGGGCGCAUCAGAACUAUGCCGAGGGCCAGUCCGGACACAUCUCUGUCCGCGACCCAGAAUUCCCGGCGGUGAUGUGGAUGAACCCGCUAAGCAAACAUUAUGGAACACUCACCGCCGGCGACAUGCUGCCCAUCGAGAUCGAGACGGGCCGCAUCGUCGGCGGCAACCCGAACAAGACGACGGGGCGCCGCACCGCCAACUUGGCCGGCUACUUCAUCCACUCGGCGAUCCACAAGCGGCGGCCGGACAUCCACGCCAUCUGCCACGCGCACACGGCCGCGGGGCGUGCGUGGUCGGUGUUCGCGCGGCCGCUGGACAUGCUCACGCAGGACGUGUGCAACUUCCACAACGCGCACGCCGUGUACGCCAACUACGGCGGCAUCGUGUUCGCGACGGACGAGGGCGAGCGGAUCGCCGAGGCGCUGGGCCCGCACAACAAGGGCGUCAUCCUGAUGAACCACGGCCUGCUGACGGUCGGCGCCACCGUCGACGAGGCCGGCUUCAUGUUCGGCCUGCUCGAGCGCUCGUGCGCCAUCCAGCUGCAGGUCGAGGCCGCCGCCGCCAACGGCCUCGAGAAGCGGAUCAUCAGCGACGAGGAGGCGGCGUACAACUGCAAGAUGGCGAGCGAGAAGCACGCCCUGUACCGGGAGGCGCAGCCGGACCUCGAGCUGGAGUUUGAAAGGGUCGGCGGAGCGGAGGUGCUGGCCAGGGGUUUUGAGACCCUCAAGAUCGAGCUAUGA